AUGGGGCCGUGGCAGUGGCCGCUGCUCUGGUGCUUGCAUGCGGCGCUGGUCCGCACAACCAUCCUCACGGGGGGCCAGCGCCCACAGGAGAGACCCCCCCAGCCGCCGGGAUGGUCCCCGGCCCCGUCGUCCUCCUGGGCGCCCACGCUGGAGCCGGGAGCGGCGGGGGACCCCCAGGACUCGGCGGCGGCACUGGCUUUCCUGCAGACAGGCGAUGCGCAGCAGCUGGCCCGGGUCAACUGCAGCCGGGGCGUCGCGGCGGGGGCACCCGGCCCUGGCCCCCCCCCGGCACUGCGUGCCACCCUGCGUGCCGCCCCCGAGGCGCUGGCCCAGGCCGCCAACUUCCUCAACAUGCUCUUCCAGACCAACGACAUCCGCGAAGCCAGCGUGGCCGAGGACGUGGAGUGGUACCAGGCGCUGGUCCGCAGCCUGGCAGAGGGGCACCCAUGGGUGCGCCGGGCGGUGCUUGCCCUCGACGCCCACCCGCUGGCCACCAAGCCCCGGCUGAUGCUGCAGGCCACCAAGGGGGACAGCGAGAUCCUGCUGCAGGACGUCUCUUCUGCCGCCCCCAGCCUCGGCAACCUCAGCUGGGACAACGAGUGGUUCAACGCCCUCAGGUCCCAGCGGACCCUCCUUCUCCGCAAGCGCGUGCUCAGCAAUGACCUGCGCAGCAUGGAGACCCCCAAGUGGCAGCGGGGCGACAGCUACGUGGGGGAGCCGGGCCACGUGCGGUGGUCCCCGCCGUUCCUCGAGUGCCGGGAUGGCAGGUUCCUGCCCGCCUGGGCGGUCACACUCUCUGCCGCUUUCUACGGGCUCAAGCCGGACCUCAGCCCAGAAUUCAAGGGCGUCGUGCGGGUGGACAUCGAGCUGCGGGAUGUGGCCAUCGACCAGUGCGCCAGCGGGCCGGGCUGGUUUGCGGACACGCACCGCUGCGACCUCAACAGCACCCAAUGUGUCCCCCAGGAAAGCCGCAGCUUCGUCCUCGGGAGGUACCUGUGCCGGUGCAAGCCGGGCUUUUACGGGGCCGGCGGAGUGGCCAGCAGUGCCUGGGCAGGCGCGGCGGGGGCGGACGGGGGGUCCCGGCUGGCAUGCCGGCCCUGCCGCCGGGGAUGCGCCACCUGCGAGGACGACGCACCCUGCCUGAUCCAGGAGGACCGGGCGCUGCGGGCAGCCGUCCUCUCCUGCCAGGCCUUCUGCAUGCUGGCCGUCUUCCUCAGCAUGCUCGUCUCCUACCACUUCCGACGGAGCAAGAGGAUCCGGGCAUCAGGAGUCGUCCUCCUGGAGACGAUCCUCUUCGGGUCCCUCCUCCUCUACUUCCCCGUGUUUAUCCUGUACUUCAAGCCGAGCAUCUUCCGCUGCAUCGUCCUGCGCUGGGUGCGCAUGCUCGGCUUCGCCAUCGUCUACGGCACCAUCACCCUCAAGCUGCACAGGGUGCUGAAGGUGUUCCUGUCCCGCACGGCCCAGCGCGUGCCCUACGUGUCGAGCGAGCGGGUGCUGAGGAUGCUGGGGCUGAUCCUGCUCCUGGUGCUGUGGUUCCUGGCGGCCUGGACCAUCGGCAUGCUGGAGAACGUCGACAAGAACAUCCCGCUGGUGAUCCGCACCCAGACGGCCCACGGGCUCCACUUCUACAUCUGUGGCCAUGACCGCUGGGACUACAUGAUGGUGAUCGCUGAAAUGCUGUUCCUGCUGUGGGGCAGCUUCCUAUGCUACGCCACGCGCACCGUGCCCUCCGCCUUCCACGAGCCCCGCUACAUGGGCAUCGCGCUCCACAACGAGCUCAUGAUCUCGGCCACCUUCCACGUGGUCAGGUUCAUCAUGGUCCCCUCACUGCACCCCGACUGGACCCUGCUGCUCUUCUUCGCUCACACCCACAGCACCAUCACCAUGACCCUGGCGCUGCUCUUCAUCCCCAAGUUCCUGCACGCCGGCUCGCCGCUGCGGGAGGAGAUCGCGGCUGAGGUCUACGAGGAUGAGCUGGACAUGCGGCGCUCGGGCUCCUGCCUGAACAGCAGCAUCGCGUCUGCCUGGAGCGAGCACAGUCUCGACCCCGAUGACAUUCGGGAGGAGCUGAAGAAGCUUUACACGCAGCUGGAGGUGCACAAGUCGCGGAGGAUGGCAGCCAACAACCCCCACCUCCCCAAGAAGCGCAGCUCCCGCCGCAGCCUGGGCCGCUCCAUCGUGCGCCGCGUCGCUGAGCUGCCCGAGGCCGUGGCACGCCGCAGCAGCGGCGGGGAGCAGGUGGGCACCCCAGCACGCCACGGCUCCUCGGCCAAGCGGCUCCCCAACGCCAGCGGCACCAGCCUGCGGAUACGGAGUGAUGGCUCCCGGCGCCGCGCCGCAGCCCUGCGCAAGUCCCGCAGCACCGAGGGUCCCACGCAGGAGCCCUGGGGAGGCUCGCCUGCCCUCGGCCCCCCUGGGGAGCCUGUGCCAGGGAGGAAGACGAUGGCGGUGAUGGCCUCGGAGCAAUCCGACAGCGAGUCCCUCGACGCUGCCCCGCUGGUGUGCAAGUCGGCCAGCGCCCACAACCUGGCGGGGCACGAGCAGCACCCCCAGCUCCGCGCAGCCCCCUUGCAGAAGUCACUCAGCGUCAUCGCCGGUGCACGGGAAGAGGCCCUGCUCGCCACCAGCCGAGCCGCGCGGGAGGAGUGGCAUCACAACUGGCACCCAUCCGCCCUGUCCCCCCAAAGCCCCGGUGCAGCUGGUGCCCUCCCGCCAGCCAGCUCCAGCCCCGCCGAGGGGUGCUCCCAGGAGGACAUGUCCCCCCCGGGUGAUGGCAAGAUGCAGAAACACGUCACCUACGCACCCAUCAAGAGCAUCAGUGUUGACAGCUCCCAUCUCCCCGGGCGGGUGCGGGUGGCGGUGAGGAGGACCCCCCCGCUGCCCCCCGUCCGCUACCAGAGCCUAGUGCAGCGUGCCGCGCCGGCGGGCGACAGCCCAGAGCCAGCGGAGCCACCCACGGACCCCCCAGCACGGGCGGGAGAGCCAGAGAGGACACCAGAGGGGUCUGCGGAAGAAAAGCCGGGGCGUGCGUCCCCCCCGGCAGGGAAGGGCAGGCUGCUGACCGCAGCGUCCAUCCCGGCACAGGUCUGCCCCUGGGAGCUGGUCCAGGAGGAGAUCCUGAGCUGGAAGCAAAAAGCUGCCGAAGCAGCAGACUCGGGGACCCCCGGUGAUGCAGCAGCCACCCCCCCCAGCCUCAAGCCACCCAUCCAGAAGACCUCCCUGCGGGGCCUGGGACUCGCCAUCAAAGCCUUCAACCGCUCCAGGGGGAAAAGCAUCCUGAGAGGGAAGAGGGAGGGCGAGGGGAGCCUCAGGAGGAGGGGGUGCGAGCGGGAAGCGGGGGGCAGGAGGGAGAGGCCCAGCCUGGCAGACAUGUCCGCUGUGUCCCUUGGGGCGAUCGGCCGAGACCCCACCGCCAAAAGCCCCGAGUGGAGCAGGCGGAGGCCCGGCAGCGAGCCCACCGCCCGCCCGCGGCACGGGGAGACGGGAGCCCCGGCUGUCCCCGCAGGAAAAGGAGCCUUGCUGCGCCAGGAGGCGAUUGCUUCCCAGGAGGACAGCGGGGUCCCGCUGGGUGGGGAGAGCCCGGCCAAGGUGCUGGAGAAGGGGGGCAGCCAGCCCGAGCCCCUCGGUCCCGGGGGGAGCUGGGCUGGGAAAGCCGGGAGCGCAGCGGGCAGGCAGGCAGUGGUCUGUCCUGGGGAAACCCAGGCAGAUGCAAGCAGUAAAACAGAAAUUUGCCCCUGGGAGGAGAGUGGGGGUGAGCACCGGGGGCCAGGCAGAGCCCCAGGGAAGGGCGGCAGCGAGGUGGAUCCCGGGUGCUCCGGGGAAGAGCCAGGCAUGGAAAAACGACCAGCAAAAACCCCAGAGCUGCCCAAAGCAGCUUCGGAGACAGCGGGCACAGCGGAGGACAGGAUGGCUGAGGUUUGUCCGUGGGAGACCGAGGAAGGAAAAAGGACCGUCAGAGCAGAAAUCUGCCCCUGGGAUGUGGAGGGGCGGGGAUCCCCCCGCCCCGGGGAAGGUGCGGAGCAGCCUGGCACAGGGCUCGCGGCAAAAGACCCGGCUCUGCCCAAAAUGUCAUCUAAGCAAGCAGGAGCCAUUGACAGCAAAAAGGCCAACAUUUGUCCAUGGGAAGUGGAGGAUGAGCCGCUUGCUAAAACAGAAAUCUGCCCUUGGGAAGCGCCUGCAGGGCCAUCGGGGACAGAGAGACCGAGUCAGGACACACGUGGGACUUCCAAAGGGGAAAACAAACCAGGAUCUGGAGGACUUGAAGAUAUCAAAGCAAAGCUGGCAGACACGGGUGGCCAUCAGCCAGACCACAGGGACACCAGGACCUUUGCAAAGCUCAUUAGGAAAAGCCCGGAGUGCUCAAAAGCAGAGUCCAAGACAUCCCAGAGCACGGUGAGCAUAAAGGAGGCGGUCUGUCCCUGGGAGAGCCUGGGCACGGAGCAGCCCCCAGAACAACCUCGUGCCAGGAGGGCAGCGCUGCCCAAAUCGCCUUCGAGGAAAUCCCAGAGCGUGGAGAGCCUGAAGGCAGAGGUCUGUCCUUGGGAGAGCCUGGGCAUGGAGCAGCUCCCAGAAAAACCCCACGCUGCGAGCCCCAUGCUGCCCAAAUCACCUUCAAAGAAAUCCCAGAGCGUGGAGAGCCUGAAGGCAGAGGUCUGUCCUUGGGAGGCUCUGGAGGUCAAAGUCACUGAUAAAGCAGAAAUCUGUCCCUGGGAUGCGGCUGCUCCACCAUCAGGUAAAGAGAAAUCAAGACAGGACAAAGGUGCUCUGUCCGUAGUGAGCAGAAGCCCUUCUACAGGUCAAGGUCUCUUGAAAGAGAUUGCAGACAGCACAUCUGCAAAGAAGGAGAAAGCUGAGGUCUGUCCCUGGGAGAGCCUGGGCAUGGAGCAGCCCCCAGAAAAACCUCGUGCCAGGAGCCCAGCAUUGCCCAAAUCGCCUUCAAGAAAAUCCCAAAACGUGGAGAGCCUGAAGGUGGAGGUCUGUCCUUGGGAGGCUCCGGAGGUUGAAGCCAGUGAUAAAGCAGAAAUCUGCCCCUGGGAUGUGGCUGCACCUUCCUCUGAUCAACCAAAGGCAAAGCAGGGUCCUGGGGGGGCUUCAAAGGGGGACAAGCGCAUCACGCGCCAGGCAGCGUUAGCCAGCCCGGUGAGAUCCCUGGAGAAGGGCAGCAGCGAGCGAGAGGCUGUCUGUCCCUGGGAGAGCCUGGGCACGGAGCAGCCCCCAGAAAAACCCUGUGCCAGGAGCCCAGCGCUGCCCAAAUCGCCUUCAAAAAAAUCCCAGAGCGUGGAGAGCCUGAAGGCAGAGGUCUGUCCUUGGGAGCUUGAACCCACUGAUAAAGCAGAAAUCUGUCCCUGGGAUGCGGCUGCUCCACCGUCAGGUAAAGAGAAAUCAAGACAGGACAAAGGUGCUUUGUCCAUAGUGAGCAAAAGCCCUUCUACAGGUCAAGGUCUCUUGAAAGAGAUUGGAGACAACAGCACGUCCAGGAAAAAGGAGAAAGCAAGCGGAGACCGUGAGUCCAUCUGUCCCUGGGAGAGCACGGACAUGGAGAGCUCCUCCACGGGGUAUGGCACGAAGAGCACAGAGCUGCUGAAAGCCACCGCCAAGAAAUCAGACAUCUUGGGGAGCACGAAGGCUGAGGUCUGUCCCUGGGAGAGCCUGGGCAUGGAGCAGCCCCCAGAAAAACCUCGUGCCAGGAGCCCAGCGCUGCCCAAAUCGCCUUCAAAGAAAUCCCAGAGCGUGGAGAGCCUGAAGGCGGAGGUCUGUCCUUGGGAGGCUCCAGAGCUCGAGUCCACUGAUAAAGCAGAAAUCUGUCCCUGGGAUGCGGCUGCUCCACCAUCAGGUAAAGAGAAAUUAAGACAGGACAAAGGUGCUCUGUCCAUAGUGAGCAGAAGCCCUUCUACAGGUCAAGGUCUCUUGAAAGAGAUUGCAGACAGCACAUCUGCAAAGAAGGAGAAAGCAAGCAGAGACCGUGAGUCCAUCUGUCCCUGGGAGAGCCUGGGCACGGAGCAGCCCCCAGCAAAACCCCACACCGGGAGCCCAGCGCUGCUCAAAUCACCUUCAAGGAAAUCCCAGAGAGUGGAGAGCCUGAAGCCUCCGGAGUUUGAAGCUGGUUUUAAAGCAGAAAUCUGCCCCUGGGAGGCAGCUCUACCUCUGCCAGAGAAAGGAGCAGCCCCGGGUAUGGCAGGCCUCCCACCGAAAAUAGCGGGUGCCUCCAAAGCACUGGAGAAGAGGAGUAGUGAGCAUGAGGCCAUCUGCCCCCAGGAGAGCCUGGGCACGGAGGAGCCCUCCCUGAAAACUGCAAUGCGGAAAGAGCCGUCCAAGAAGUCCGACAGCAUGGAGAGCAGGAAAUCUGAUAUUUGCCCCUGGGAAGGAGCAGAGCCCAUGGGCUUGGAGAAGGAAAGCUUCAAACCAGGCGUGCACCCAGAGGGAGCUGACAGAGCAUUCCCCCCGGGGACAGGGAAGUCAAAGCCGGUGGCAGAAGCCAGCACCAUGUCUCCAACAGCCCUGCUGAAAAAAUCCAAGGGCAGAUCUGACGGUGAGGCUGAGCACAAGCCCCUGUGCCGCAUCCUGCCGGGCAUCCAGCCCCCAAGGGGCCCCAGAGCAGAGCCACUGCCUCGGGGAGCGAGCGCGGCUCCCACGGCGGGCAGCAGCCCCAGCCCAGGCGCUAGUGUAGCCGAGGUUUGUCCCUGGGAAGCAGAAGAUACUCCGCCAGCAUCUAACAAGACCGGCACAGACACAGAGAAAACCUCUGAAGUGUGUCCAUGGGAGGUGGAGAGCGUGGAUCCCACCCCAACCCUCCGCAGGCAGGGCAGAGCCGGAGCGAGCCCCCAGGACAGAGGCAGGGGUGCGAGUGAAACUAAACCCGACGUCUGCCCAUGGGACCAUGAGUAG